AUGGCUCUUGCUCCCUGCCUCCUUGGUUAUGGUGCCGCAGCCAAGAUGCUCCAUGAUCAUGAGAAGACUGUCCGCGAGGGAAACACAUACUGGGCAUGGAUCAAGAACUACAAUGAAGAGGAUUACACGGAUGCUGUCAAGUUGGGCUCUGCCUUGCUCGAAAAGCAUAUUCAACUGCAGUCACCUUCGCGAAUUGAAGAGCUGGUUCAGAUCUUUAUCCACGCCCUCAAGAUGGAAAUUGGCUUUUGGGAGAUGUUCCCUGCCCAGCAGACCUAA